AUGGAUGUAUUCAUUCAACCAACAAAAGGAAGGUCAUUUGCAAUUGAAGUUGGCUAUUUUGACACUAUUUUAGAGAUUAAAGACAAGAUCCAAAGAGAUCAAGGUAUUCCUAUACCAAAACAAACCUUAAUCUUCAAAGGUAAUGUCCUAGAGGACCAUUUGAAUGUUCAUUAUUCUGAUAUCCUCGAUCGUUCUUACAUUCAACUCGUCGUGGAGUCCGAACCAGACAAGAAUUAUACGAUCAAAGCAGAACAACAGUCAUCGUCCUCUCAGACGAGGAAAAUCCAACUCCUCCUCAAAAUGCCAACGUCCAAACUGGGAGUCGCGUUAGAGGCGGAUGUUACAGAUAGCAUUUGGAGGGUAAAAGAGAGAAUUCACGACAUGGAAGGCGUACAUGUGAAUAAAUUAGUCAUGCGUGCAAAUGGAAUCGAAUUGAUCGAUCAUCAGACGCUUCAAAAUUAUGGACUUUCAGAUAAUUCGGAAAUCGAUGUUAGUAUCAAGGCUAGUACGAUCAUUGUGUCCGCACCAACAACAACAAUAAUAACAACAACUUCUUCAGGAUCAUCUGUGAAUAAUAAUGGAAACGGAUCCGGAUUCGGAUCGAAAAAAUUAAGAAUUAUGAUUUUAUCAAAAUGUGGUACUAAGAAAAUUCCGAUCGAAGUUAAUCCGUUAGACAACGUGGGACACUUGAGGAAAGAAUUACAAACAUUGGAAUUAGAGCUUCCACAAGAAGGGUAUUUUUUUAUUUAUAAACAAAACGUGAUGGAUGAUGAUCGUUCAUUUAGAUGGCAUCAUGUUUGUCAAGGUGACACUAUUGAGAUCUUUAAUGGUAGUGUCACUGGUGGAGUUUGA